CUAUUUACAUUAAAUCGCAAGUCACAAAGCUCUGAAGAUUAACGCGUAAAUAUCAGAUAAAAUCAUGAAAAUUACAGUCACAACGCUCGCUGACUUCACAUUCGAGUUGGAUGUCGCCGAGGACUUGGAGUUGGAGAACUUUAAGGCGUUCUGCGAGGUAGAUACGGGCUAUCCAUCGAACGAAAUGGUCGUCAUCCACAAAGGUCGCCCACUCACGGAUAACAAGAAAACACUCAAGGAUUUUGGCGUAAAAGAUGGCGAUUUGGUCAUGUUGCAACACAUAAUGCAAGCGGUUGAAUCAGCGCGGAGUACGAUGCAAGCGAUUCGGGGAGCUGCAGCUUCUGGAGUUGGCGGAAAUUUGCCGAGUUUUGAUUUUAGCACGAUUCAAGUCCCAGGUUCGUCGAGCGGAGGUUCAGUUUCUCGUCCCAAUGCUCCGCCAGUUGCUUCUGCUUCAGAUCCGAAUUUCAGUGUGGGAGCUGAAGAUGAUCCCGCGACAGUUCGCGAUAUGUUUUUAUCGAAUCCCGAGGCACUUGGAUUGCUCAAACACAAUAAUCCUCGUUUGGCAGAUGCGUUAUUGUCGGGAAAUUUGGAAACUUUUGCCGCAAUGUUGCGAAAACAGAUUCAGGAAAAGAUGGAAAAGGAAGCACAACGACUCCGAAUGCUAAAUGCGGAUCCCUUUGACUCGGAUGCCCAACGUCUCAUCGCCGAAGAGAUUCGUCAGAAGAAUAUUGAGGCGAAUUUGAAUGCUGCAAUGGAAUAUAACCCGGAGACAUUUGGUACUGUCGUCAUGUUGUAUAUCGAUUGCAAGGUAAACGGGUUCCCGAUCAAGGCAUUUGUCGAUUCGGGCGCCCAAACGACAAUUAUGAGUGCGGCGGCAGCUGAACGUUGUCACAUCCAACGUUUAGUCGACAAAAGAUGGGCUGGCGUUGCCAAAGGCGUGGGCGUACAAAAGAUUAUCGGGCGCAUUCACAUGGUGCAAAUACAAAUCGAAGAUGUCUUCUUAACGUCGAGUUUUUCCGUGCUCGAGGAACAACCGAUGGACAUGUUAUUGGGACUCGAUAUGCUGAAACGACAUCAAUGUACGAUCGAUUUGCGUGAAAAUUGCUUGCACAUUGGCACGACACAAACAAAAACGCGAUUUUUGAAUGAAAAUGAGUUGCCCGAUUGUGCCCGCUUGACAGCUACAAGCCCGGAGGAAGAAGCAAAACUCAUCGAGCAAACGAGAAAAUUGCAAGAAGAGCUCGAGAUGAAGGAAGCCCUUGAACGGAGUAAACAAGAAGCUGCUGGCGGAGCUUCUACAUCCACAGCGGGAACGACACAAUCGCCCACGAAUGCCGCUACCACCGUUUUGCCUACAGACAAAUUUACGGAAGCCGAUGUGCAGGAACUCAUGAAACUCGGUUUCAAUCGGGAACAAGUGAUUGUCGAACUGCGAUCCUUCAACGGGAACAAGACUCAAGCGACUGCUGCACUCUUUGCAAAGUCCAUUAAAUUUUAAGUGUGUGCGCGGGUGUAUGGUAAACUACAAAAAAAAAAAACGGAACAUUUUGACCUCAAUUCAGCUCUUUUGAUAGUUUUUAAGGGAUUUGCUCAGUAAUAAUCUGAUAUUUUUUGCUUUUUCUCUCAUUUUUCCUUCAAAAAACACAUAUCGAACGCGAUUUUUGUCACGUUUUGAUAGAAAAAAGGUACUUUCUGAUAGUUUUUUAUACUAUAAUGUUGAUUAAUGACUAAUUUUAAGUCGAUAACUUAACAAAGAUUUAACGAAUAAAGAUUUUUAU